UCUUACAAGUUAAAUUUGAUCUUCGGAAUCUUUCAAUCUCGCCUCUGGCUCAAACUCUUAACCAACGCCUCAAUGUUGAAUUCCACAAAGUCAAAUUCACUCCUUGCACAGUCAUGAGCGGUCAUACAGGUCUUCGCACUUAUGGGAAACUGGUUUGUGAUAUACUSGAGAGAAAAGGAACAGCCACUUUUGAUGAGAUCCUUGAAGAGAUACAUAGUAAGUUGACAAGUUCCCAAAUCACCGAUAAGGAAAAGGCUACACGAAGAAUAUACGAUGUUCUAAAUGUUUUUCAAGCCAUGGAUAUCAUAUCAAGAAAUGGAAGAAAUAUCAAUUGGCUGGGUUCCAGCCAAGAGGAGCAGCAGCUGAAGAUGGAAAAAGAACAUCUUGAAGAAUACAUCAAAGAGAAAACAAAUAAGCUACAACAGAUUCAUGAUCAGUCCAAAUCGUACAAGUUGUUGAUUCUGGAAAAGCGCAACGUGGUAAAGGAUCAACAGCAAGAUGUCAUCAACUUGCCUUUUAUAGUGGUCAGAACCAGCAAGAACACCAAAAUAGAAUGUAAUACAUCCCUUGAUAAUUUCCAAUAUCUCUUCAAGUUUGAUGAGCCUUUCGAUAUUCUCGACAAUACAGAAGUUUUACAAAGAAUGCAUUUCGAGAAAUGCAAAAAUGUCGACAUAAAAAUGGCUGGAGAUGUUGGGUAGUGGCACGACAAGGAUGCAGUGCUAGAUUGGAUACAUAGAGAGAUUAGCUUUCUCCAGUACUGCAUUAAAGGMCCUCUCUCUUAGAUAGAUGAUUUAUUGAAUAGUCGUAGCUUUAGUAGCUUUAUUUCUUUGUCCCAGCACUGUAUAUACACGUAUAUCACAUUAAAAAAAUUGAAGUCA